AUGGAUAACGACUUGGUCUUUACUUCUCUCGCUUCUUUGGAAACAGUCGUAGUUCCUGAUGUAAGUGACUAAAUUAUUUGAUAAGUACAUUAACAAUGCUUCUUUUAAACUAACUAUAUGAUAAAUAAGGAUGUCAUGCGAUUGUCAUAUUAUAAAUGUUGUCAACAACCUGUUCUGGGAAGUAAAAACAAAUAGGAAGCUGUUAGUGAUAUUUGACCAAAAUAGGAAGUUUUCUAUUAUAUUUCUAUAACAUAACAAGACAGUAUUAGAAGAAGGUAACAUGUUACACUUAACACGUUUCCUUGCAAAUUAUGUCUAAAAUAAUAUUAAAUUAACGUUUUAGGAGAAGGUCGGAUACGGGAAGUGCAGAAAUGUAGACGAAUUCGAAAAGCUCGACCUUUGUGGAGAAGGCUCGUAUGGGAUUGUAUGGAAGGGCAAGGAGAUAAAGACUGGCAAAGAGGUAACAAACUGUUUUAGGUAUAGAUUGAGGGUGUGAUUAAAAGGGCGUGAGUUUUGUAGGGCAGGACGUUUUAAAGUGACAGUCUUGCACGUGGGAUUUCCAAAUCUUGAUAGUUAACUAUUCUUUAUGAUAAUUGGUCGAUUUUACGUAAAAGUCAAAGGUUACCGUAAAAGGAAAGCAUAAUUAUAAAUAUUAGCUUACAUUUCUUAAUAUGUAGACGUAUAUUGGUAAUUCGAAAUAAGUUUUGCAAUUUUAAUGUGACUUUUGUUUAUGUUUGUACUUUUAGUAUGCGCUGAAGAAGUUGCGGUUGAAUUCAAAUGAAGAAGUAAACAUUUCUGUUAUCAGAGAGAUAUUCGCAUUGAAGUCAGUUCAACAUGACAACAUAGUGAAGCUGGUGGAUGUGGCUGUUGGACGGAGGAGUCGGAAGAUCUUUUUGAUCAUGGAAUAUUGUGAUAUGGUAUGUUUGGAUAGUAUAUGCUUAAAUAUGAUUUUCAAUUUUUUUGUGAAAGUUGAUAGAGCAUUAGAGAUUAUUUGGUAUGGUGGUAAAUUCAUUUUUUGGACAUUAUUUGAGUUGUUUUCAGGAUUUGGCAUUUAUGUUGAACAAGAUGAGCUUUCCUUUUACGGAAUCUCAGUCAAAGUGCCUGUUAUUACAGUUAUUCGAGGCGUUGGAGUACUUACAUAGGAAUCAUUUUAUUCACCGUGAUAUCAAAGUAAGUGUUUUCCAUUAUUUUGGUGUUUAUUCUUUAAACUUAUUUAUUUGUCAAUAAUACCUGAAGCAUCGUUUUUCUAUUUAAAAUUUUUUAUUUUUAGUUAUCAAACUUAUUAAUAACGAGUCAAGGAGUGUUAAAAGUGGCAGACUUUGGUUUAACUCGACUGUUUGGAGAUCCCCCUGUUGCCAUGACUAAUCAAGUGGUAACCUUAUGGUACAGAGCACCAGAACUACUGCUGGACAGUGAGUUCCAUGAUACUGGAGUGGACAUGUGGGCUUGUGGAUGUAUUAUGGCUGAACUUCUACUCCACAGACCUUUUUUGCCAGGAGAAUCGGAAAUCGAGCAGGUGAGCAGUCUUAUCAUUUAAUGUUAUCACUUAUCGAGUGCAACGUUUUUACUUAAGUAUUGUUGUAAAGUGUAUCUUUAUUUGUUUUUGAGCUGAUAACAUAAUGUUUAAAGUACCUAUUUUAAUUUUAAAGUUUUAUUUAACUUUAGAUAACAAAAAUCAUUAACAUGUUUGGGACGCCGAACGAGCAAAUAUGGCCAGGAAUGAGCAAGCUAAGGUUGCCGGAGGGGUUCAAGUUUGUGGAACAGCCUUAUAACAACUUGAAGAAACACUUUAGUGCACACGGACAACAAUGUCUGGAUCUAAUGUACAAAUUGUUCGCUUACGAUCCGAAGAAGCGGGUUACAGCGUCAGAAUGCAUACUACACAACUACUUCGACACAUCACCGUUACCAUGUAGUCCUGAGCUGAUGCCUACAUUAACAAGUUUACUCAAGGGUCGUAAAUACACUUAA